CAGACCCCAACAUCUCCUCGCUCGCCUCGAGCCUUUAAGACUGGAAAAUGAAGACCGACAUCACGCAAAUUAUUCUGCAGAAGCUGACCACCGGCGAGAUCUUCGAAGUUCUCGAAGAGGUUGAUAAAGCGUCCGCAAAGACCGCAAGUGAGGCUGCAGCAGCCGCAGCGGCUCUUCAGAAAAAAACAAACAAGAAAGCGAAAUCGGCAAGCGCAGCUGAUAAUGAUGAUGCUGAGACAUCCACAACAUCAUCUUCCCUCACGUUCUCGAAGUUGGAGCAAGUUGCCCUCGCACUAAAGGAGCAGAACGCGCACGAGUUCGAGAAAAUUUUGGAAAACGACACUCGCUUCACCGAUUCCCACAAACAGAAGAUCAAAACUGCGUUGGAAUCCGGAUUGAAGAAACAGACGAAAAUCCGGGAGGAAAGAAAACUGAAAUUCAUAAACCUGGCGAACGAAAAGAUUCGCGAGAAAAAGGAGCAAUUUAUGAGGGCGAACAUUUCAAAAACAUCUGAGAGGUCUUCAAGUGCCGCCGCCGGUGGUUCUACCAUCACGGGAUUAAGGUUUUCCUCGGUCGUGAAUGCCAACUUCGCAAAGAAUGCAGCGGCGGCUAGUAGUGCAGCGGCGGCGAAGAGGAAUGUUAAUAAAACUGCGAGGAUGAGUGCCGCGGAACGGUCCGGCGCGCCUCUCGAUGACGAUGGUAGAUUGUCUCAAGUGGAAAUGCUGGGAGACCAGGGGGCGUCUGCGGAAGACUUGGAAUUGCUGAAGAAUCGCCGCAUGACGAGGAACGAACUGAGGAGACUUCUAGAUCACGUGAAAACUACCACAACUACUGCAUCGGGACGAAAGAAGAACAAGGGUCCUGCCGGCGCAACGAGGGACUCAGCCGCAGAGAAGCAGGAGGAGGGUAAUGCAGGUGAAGAGGAAGCUACUUUGGACGAUGCACAAGCUGUAGUUGAUCCAUCUACCCGACAAACCGUGAAGCAGUCUCUGAAGCAGGUGAUCGACCAGAAGUUUAUUCAACAGCAGAAAAAGGCGGACGAAACCCGGAAGAGUUAUUUGUUGAAGAAUCAAAAAGACGAGCAGAUUCAGCAACUGGACGACUCCUCCGCGCUAAACAGGGCGAGCGCUUACUUGUCGAGAAAAAUCGGGUUGCGGCUCCGUGGGAGGAGCGCCGAACAGUACGCAUCGGAAUUCAUGGACGAAACGGACGUGGCUCUGCGCAGGCUGCAGCGAGAUUUGCACUACUUGAACGUGGAGGAGUUUUUGGAGCGCUUUUCGGAAUUACAGCACGUGGUGACAACGCUGAAGGAAGCGAAAGAAGGAAAUACUUCAUCUACUGCAGGACCCGGAGUUGAUGAAAAUGAAAACACCACGAAAAAGAAAAGGUACCCCUUCGAAAAGGAUCUAUACGCCCCGGAACUGCAAGACCGGCUGGCGGAGGUACGAGAGGACAUUGUGGAGUUAGCGAAAGUGGGAAAUCUGAAGAUGAUACAGAAUCACGUCAGCUCGCUCAAGUUGCUGCUCGUCGGCGUGAAAGAACAAAGUGGGAAGAAAUUUGAGGAAAAUAAAACGCAGGCAACCGGUGCGCCGGGGGAUGAACAACCUUCUGCGGAGGAGCCACAGUUCCUGAAGGUGCCAGAUGUAGGGCCGCGGACGAUGCCAGUGCCACCGCAGGUGGCAGAAGAUCGUGCUGGUCGGACGCAACAACAAGCAUCAGUCUUGUCCGCUGCUGGUGCAGCUGGUGCGACUAGAACCACCGUCGACACCGAACAGCUCGGAGCUUUACUUUCUUUCCUGGACAAAAUCAUCCUUCCGUCCGAAACAAGGAAAGCGGGCCGCUCGGUGUUGAUGCUGCAACAGCGGGGAAACUUGAUCGGGAACCAAGAUGCGGAAGGCGACGCCGAAGAGUUCGAUAUGACGAUGGACCAAGGGAUUUCCAUGACGGAUAUCGGCACAACGUCCGUCCAGAAAAGUGCUGACGGUAGUUCUGCUUCACCGAGGGGAGCGCCGUCGGGACAAGGCGACAAUGCUUUUGGUGGGUCUGGUUCAGCAGCUGCAGGAGAUGGUACAACUACAAAAGACGACACCAAAACCUCCCGAAAUUCGAAGAGGACCUCGAAGCGAAGUAGUAAAAACAGCUUGAAGAAGCGCAGCAGUAAAAACAGUGACAGUGAGGACGAGGAGGAAGAUUCGGACGACGACGACCUAUCUGGAACCGAGGACGAGGAUUCCAGCGACGAAAAUGCGCUGUGAGAAAGUGAAGAAGAACAAGAAGAUAGAAGAACGAGCAUGAUGAUUCUCCUCGCAAGACAAAACUUCCGAAUAAACUCUUGUAGCUGGAGGCUCCUAGUACUACAAUGCUUUCACUGAAUUGAAGAGUUGAAAAAUACGCAGACCACGCAGUAGCACCAAGCAAAGUUAUAGCACCGGAGUCAUUCGCUAGCACCCACCAAGACCUUUUGCGCAAGUGUAUCAAAAAACAUCUAUGAGCAGUUUGAAAAUCAAAAUUCUGGUGACACGACUCAACUAUAAAAUUAUGCAAACAUUAGAAAAGCAAAAGUCGACGCCUGUUUCAAUUGCGCCAGGAAAUUGAUCAUGCUUACGCUCACUGACUGUUCUUCACGUAGGGAUGCCACGGAAAGCCUUAUUGUAAAUUUGCGUGGCGCUAUUUCAGUCACUAGUUGGAUCCCACGCGUGAAACAAUGCAAAGCUCUGCAAGAGGAAGAGAGGCUGUGGAUGGUAAGUACACAGUUCGUUCGAUAUAUCAGAUGAUGAAGAUCAUACAUGCAAG